AUGAAAGCUACGAAUGCUCUGCUGCUGCUCUUCUCCUUCCUCCUACUCCUCCCCCUCCAAGCUCUCGGUGACUGCGAGUGCACUCGAGAUGUGGAAAGCCGCAACGCGACGAAGGCGCUACGGCUAAAGUUCGUCGCCAUCGCUUCCAUCCUAACCGCGGGCGCCGUCGGGGUGCUCAUUCCCAUCCUGGGGAGAUCUGUCUCGGCUCUGCAGCCUGAGCACGACAUGUUCUUCGUGAUCAAGGCGUUCGCCGCGGGAGUCAUACUCGCGACGGGGCUGAUUCACAUCCUCCCCGCAGCAUUCCAGAGCUUGACGUCGCCGUGCCUGGCCGAGCACCCCUGGCACACGUUACCUGUCACGGGGUUCGUGGUCAUGUCGUCUGCAAUGUGGACGAUGAUGAUUGAUUCCUUCGCCACCAGCUACUACAAGAGGUCUCACUUCAGCAAGGCGCGGCCGGUCGAGGAGGAUGAGGAGCACGGGCAGGAGGGGCAUGUUCACGUCCACACGCAUCCCUCCCAUGGACAUGCCCAUGGCUCCACGGCAGCGGCGGCCGAGGAAGCCUCGGUUUCCGAGAGGAUCCGCCACCAAGUCAUCUCUCAAGUGCUGGAGCUGGGAAUCCUGGUCCAUUCGGUCAUCGUUGGGAUCUCUCUGGGUGCUUCACAGAGGCCCUCCACCAUUAGGCCUCUGGUAGGAGCCUUGAGCUUCCAUCAAUUCUUCGAAGGGAUCGGACUCGGUGGAUGCAUCGUUCAGGCAGGCUUCAGAGCCAAGUCAACGGUGGUCAUGGCGGUCUUCUUCUCCCUCACGGCGCCCGUCGGCAUCGCGUUGGGCAUCGCGAUAUCCUCAGUGUACGACGACGCCAGCUCGACGGCUCUCAUCGUCGAGGGGGUCUUCAAUGCCGCCUCCGCUGGCAUCCUCGUCUACAUGGCGCUCGUGGAUCUACUGGCGGCAGACUUCACCAACCCCAGGAUGCAGAGCAAUGGGCGGCUGCAACUUGGAGCACACCUCGCCCUUCUUCUCGGCGCAGGUUUGAUGUCCUUGAUCGCCAUAUGGGCAUAGAACAGGAUCUCUCCCUCCUAUGCUGUGACGACAAGGAUUUGAUGGCGGCUGCUCUGCGCGAUUGGAGUCGUGAGCAGUCAAAAUAAGUCGUCUAGCCUUGUCAAAGUCAAAGGGAAAGACCGUAGUGUAGAGUUAGUCAAGGAUGUCAGAAUGCUGAUUAAUCAGAUUUUGAUGGUUUUGCAUGGCAUUA